UUGUGAUCAAGUUGUCAAGCGAAGCACUCCCAAUCUUAAGAGAUUUUUCUGCAGGCCUACUGAAAAAAGACAGUCUUUUCGGAAGUAAUGAAUUCCGUUGUUCGCAAGUUGUUUCGCUUACUCGUAGUCAUCGUAGCAUGGUACAGCAGUCUGCAUCUAUCUGGCUGCGUGCUCAGAGAGGCCCCUAGAACUCCGACUCACCCACCAACCAUCGUAACAUUUCGGCUGCCAGAUGGCAUCCCCGCCAGUGACGCCACCGAUGACUACCUUAUCGAUUAUGAGAAGUUCGAGUUCCACCAAGGAUUCUCGUCUACAAGGGCGGAUUGUAUUCGCCCCUUCGACCCAGUGUCGUCAACAAGUAACCAGCAACCCACCACUGACCAGCUCCAGGACGUCAUUUGUGAUGCCCCUCAGUUGCUGAAUGUCUAUUUGAUGGAUUCUGAUGUUCAAGCAGAGGUGAUCAACCCACUUACUUGGUGUCUGGUCACAGUGGCUUUCAUUGGGAUUGCUUCUUGGGCGUUCUCGCCGCAUUCCCACCGACAGGUGAGCCGCCCGCACGGAGACUUCAAGAUUCAUAAACCGUCUCGCUACGUUCUUCGAAGUUCUCCAAAAUCCGCAUCUCUGCAGCCACACGUGCUACGCCACCGUGUGGCCUACCUAAUGAUGUCCCUCGUCUCUGGGGCAUCUCUUGGCAUCUGGUGGAUCUACAACUGCCCCUCCAUCAACCCAUAUCAGUUUGGUGCCUCAUAUCUGAACUUGUGGACAGCUCCUCCUCUGACCCUUGCUGAUUCUGUCUUGGAACAAGCUCUCGAGAUUUCAGACCGACUGAGAUCGAUAGCCAUCUCCGAAGGCUUUUUCUACUUUGUUGCCGCUGUCGUUCUGUGCUUCUGUUACCUGCUGGUUUUUGUUUCCUUGUCUCUUCUUCUGCAACCGCCAAAACGUAGAUACCAACUCACCACAUCCAGAGCCAAGUGUCGAGUGAAGUGGACUGGGUUGACGUUCAUGGAGAUAGCCACCUCUGCAGGCCGGGGCAUGGGAGCUACCCUGACACAUGCUUGCCAUGGUAUUUUGGUUCUUCUUACCUCUUGGACAAAGUUCUUCUCUGGCAAACCUGUCUCAAAGGUUGCACUUGCACCUAUCAUCAUAGAUGUUGGACGCCAAGAUAGAUCCACACACAAACCUAACAACGACAGCAAGAAUGAACUCGUGGAGAAAACACAAGACCAGAAAUUUCUACUCCCGAAAGACGAUGCGUUGGUGUACAAUACACAAAUCGACCCACACGUGGAACAUGCCAACAACGACGGAACAGAAAACAAAGCUACUGUCAAAGUCUCCUCAAAGAAAGUAUCACCAAAACCAAGGGGUGAUGCAUUCUGUCAACCAAAUGAGACUAGGGCAGCCAAACAGAGCAAGGGACUUACGGAAUCAUCAAACCAUCAGCCCGAGGAUCAGAUACUGGCUGAGAAGUUGGAUCUGCAACAUUCGGAGCUUCUGGGACAUUCUGGUGAUCACACAGUUGAUCGUCAUAACCAGCAAGCCGUGAAAGACAUUGAAAAACAGACUGUUAGACAGAAGCCUGUAACUAUUCUGACCACAGGAAACUCUGCUAAUAUUACCGAAGAGGACUGUGUAAGAGUUAAGGAGUCUACCACACCGAGUGCAGAGGCUCCUACUCAGGCCAUAGAUCCCGAAUUUCUGGGAAAGUCAUUUGAGGAGAUCUCAGACAGUCGACGGGAAGACAACAGAUCCCAGCUAAGUUGGUCCUACAAACUUCAACAUCAAGCUUCAACCGAACCGAAUAUCAACUGUCAUCUAGAAAUCAAAGGUCCCGGACAAUUGAAGAGGACAGAACAAGAAGAAACCAAGCAAGCACUGGGAACUCAACUCCAGCUGGACGGCCAGAACAUCAGAGAUGACGGUCACAAACAACCUGGUUCACCCAGAAAGUCACUGUUCCAGAGGACAGCUGAAGUCCAACUGCGCAUACAAGCUAGCCGUGAGGGACGAAUAGAUCAACAGCGGCAAAAACAACUCCAGCUAAAGAAGGUUGGAAAUGAAAGUCAGAAAAAAUCUAAAAAGCAAGAGGAUCUUCAUAGGCAAGCUGGAGUGUGCGAACAGGCACAUUUAAACCGUCAAGAUCUGAACAUAUCGGGAUGUUUCCGCUUCAAUGCCUGGAGCCAUCCCGAGCUUCCCACGUUGGACAACUUCGUCACGUUUUAUGCAGAACAAAAACGAAAGGAGAAGGCGGUCCAGUCUCAAUCAAGUCCUGAAGCGAAUAAUGAGAAGAUGCAACACAGAAUAUCUGGCCAACAAAUAGGUCUGAAAACUCGACGUAAAUGGAGCCAAGAUAAUGAUCUGAAAGGGCCGGAUAUCGAUAAACAGGGAUGCUUGCACUUCAGUUCCUGGCACAGUCGAAGACUUCCGGCCGUGGUCAAUAUUCUCACCGUUUUACCUCAGAGAUAUGCAGAACUUCGAAUGAAGUCUAAAUCGAAUUUUGAGGCUCAACGCGAAAUCUUGAAUCGAAUGCAAGCUGAACAACAACUGCAGCGUGGUAGAGAACCAAGAGACCAGACCGAGACUAAAAGACUUGGACAUCUAAAACCGGAAGUUAAAGGCCAUCCACAUCAGGACGGUCGCCAUCAACAGACUGAUCUACUUAAACGACACGCUGAGUUCGGGGACAAGACUUGGUUCCAAAGACUAGCUGAAGCUCAGCAAAGACUGGCCACCAAAACCCAACAUGAGAAAGAGGCCACCUUUCAGCGGCUGACAAAACGACCAUGCCUGCAUCAACUUAAACAGCCUCGGGCCAGAAACGCAGAACAGACAGGCGUCCGACGGAGCGAAGACCUUCAACAAGAGAGACAAGCUGAACGAAGACAUCACACUGACUCCGGGGAGCCGGUAGAGCAAAGAAAUGGUGGAAUUUUGCAACAGUCAGAAGAACUGAAACCAGAACAAAAACUAGACCAGCGAGACCAAGGAUUGGGGAAAGCUUUCCAACCUCCAAGCCACUCGGGUAGCAAACCAGACAUUCGAGCCAGGAGACUCUCGGUGCGAUUUGCGAACGACGCGUCCCUGAAGGAAACCGCCUUCAUCGUCGAAAACCCGUCACAGGAAAUCGUUAGCCACUCCGUCAUUAAGCCAGAAAAUGUCACCACCAAGUCAGGAUCGUCCAGAGUAUUGAGAGGCAUAUUGGCUGACGCCAGACGUAAGCGUCGGUCUUGCCCUCGUCGUUGGAUCGAGCUCCCUCCCCUUCCCGGCGGUCCAUAUGCAGCGGAACAACGAGCUAUCGCGGCCGCCAUGGACGCCGAAAGAUGCCGAGCUUUGGCCCUGGAAUUGGAGAAAGAAAACGCUGCCGUGGACCACCGACAGGUCGAGCCACUGAAGACAGCGCGCUAUCCACGACGAGUUUACAACGAAGCGUUCAAAAUAACAGGAAAACAGCUCUACCGCGAGGAGCAAGAGAGCUGAACUCGCACAAAGAACUUUUCAAAAUCUCUUUGAAGCAAAAGAUAUUGACCAGUGCUUUGGGGAUCGCAGUCAACACAGAUACAACAAAACUCAAGGGGUCCACUCAUUGCCUUUUAGAAUUGCUUUUAAAUACUGAAAUGAAAAUAAAAACGUACAUUAGAAUGUAUUUUUUUUAUGCACUGAAGAGUCACCAAGAACGUGAUUUAUCCUCACCCAUUUAUCUCACCAAAAUUAAACUGUAAAAGUGAAACUGGAAUUGUGCCUUAGUAACCGUUGCAGUAACUAUUAUUUAUAGAAGAGAAAUAAUAUUACCAAUAGGGAAAUAAUUUCAUUCGUGUUGAAAUCAACUCAUACCUUUUAUGGAAAAAAAAGAUAAAAACGGGAAAUUCUGUCAAGAAUUAAAUGAAAAUGUGAAGUGGUUCUGAAAUUGUCUAAGAACACAAAAGUCAUAGUGACUACAAAGCAAAUUGAAAUAAAAUCAAUUUUUGGAUUCAAUGAACCUGCAAUGAAAUAAAAGCGAUAUACAACAAAAAUUCCAAAAUCCAUACUACUUAAACAGGACUUUUUAAAAUGAUUUUUACUUCUCAGUCUCCUUGUUACAGUGCUGGACUGUACAACUCAGAAUCAAUACGGAAAAACCUUGGAUAAUGACUCUAAACUUAUGACUCAAGUUCGGUCCUGUAGUCAAAAAAUUAUAAAACACAACAAUUACUGGAAAGCGCAUUCAGAAGGUAAA